AUGAAAUCGAAAAAUAAAAAGAAGGUUGUUGAUGGUUCUAGAGAUUUAAUCAGCGGUUUACCAGAUGCAAUGCUUUGUCACAUCUUAUCAUUCCUUCCAACUAAAGAAGCUGCUUCAACUACUGCUCUUGCCAAAAGGUGGAGACCUUUGCUUGCUUUUGUACCAAAUCUUGACUUUGAUGACUCCAUCUUUCCCCAUCCUCGAGAGAGUGAAAGUGUUAUGGCUUUUGUGGAUAACGUAUUGGCUUUGCAAGAGAAUGCUACGUUGAAAAGAUUCCACCUUAAGUGUAAAGAUGUCGUUGAUGGCUACCGGGUGUUGGAUUGGUUACCAAAAGUUUUGAAACGUGAUGUGUUAGAUAUUGAUCUACACAUCCCUUCGCCUUGCGGUUUUUGUUCCAAGUCGAGUUUUUACCCUCCUCUGCCUUCAGAGAUCUUUGUGAGUAAGACAUUGGUUAGGCUGAAAAUACAGUUUAAGAAUGGCGUCAGCAUUAAUGUGGAAGGUGAUGUUUCUCUUCCGAAUCUUAAGACCCUUCAUCUUGAUUCUUUCAAGAUAGAUACUAGAAUGUUUAACAAGCUUCUUUCUGGCUGUCACGUGCUCGAAGAAUUAGUGCUGGUUAAGUUGAUGUGGGACGAGUCUGUGGAACCUGGAACUUGCUUCGUGACCGUGUCUAUCCCAACCCUCAAGAGACUAUUGUUUUCUCGUUUUCAGUAUUUUGAUGAGGAUGAAGAUUCUGUUGAAGCUACAGAUUUUAACGAGAGUGUGUCAUUUUCAUUUCAUAAUUCAAAUCUGGUCUACCUGAAGUACUCGGAUACUAUCGCUGGCAGGUAUCAACAAGUGAGUUUUGACUCGCUUGUUGAAGCUAAACUCAAACUUAGGAAGACAUCAGGCCAGACUGAAAAGGACAAGGUUAAUGUAACAAAGCUUCUCAUGGGAAUAUGCAAUGUCAAGAUUCUCUACUUGUCUUAUUUCACUCUUAAGGUACUUGGUUGCUGCAGUGAAACAAUGCCAAUAUUCGAGAAUCUGAUUCAGUUAACUAUCAAGACUGCACUAGAUGUAGGAUGGGAAUCAUUACCACCUGUACUCAACAAUUGUCCAAAUCUACAAACUCUUGUCUUCGAUGGACUGCAUCACAAAUAUACAGUUAAAUGUGGGGACGAGGAAGGGUGCGUCUGCGAAGGUCAGGAUGAUUUUGGGGUGGAGGAGGAUAUUAAUACUUGCCUAUCAUCAAGUCCGGUGAAGGUUAUAAAGAUAUUUAACUUUGGUGAAAUUUGUUAUGUGGAAGAAGACAUAGAUGACCAGAUAAAGCAGGUCAUACAAUUCCUAGAGACAAUGCCAAAUCUUGAACAAGUGAUAGUGUACUACAAUACACCAAAUGAUGAAGAUGUGAUGGAACUAUGCAAGCAACUUCAAGAGCUUCCUAAAGUGGGAUCAGCUAAAUGUGAGGUCCAAAUCAUUUCUGAUAUCCCCAACCUAUCAUGUACUAUCUCCAUGAGAAAGGCUACUCCUUUUUUGGUUUCUCAGCCAUGA